GUGAAUGAAGGCCUCCCUGUUGCCUAGUAACCACGCGCGCACGGUGAAAGCGGGAGGGCUGGAAACAAAGUAUGAAACAGGCCGCGACGGGACACAACGCCGAGAUAUGUGUCAGCAUUUAUCAUAUCGCGCUUGAUGGGUCAAAAAUACAAUAAAUAUCAUUCAUGGCUCAACGUUCUGCGCUUUAGCAGCGACAAAUAUGUUUUUUGAGAUGCCUGACAUGAAGUUACUCAAGUUUCCUUCAAGUGAAGGAGCAUUCUUACAAGAGCAGGGAGAGAUGGUUAGCUCCAACAGGCGUCGCAGCUGUGCUCUGGUUAGCACUCCAGCACCAUGUGUGAACAAAGCAGUGUCUCACAUCCAGGAACUGAAGUCCAAACUGGAAAACUGGGGCCAGCAGGGUGAUAAUGCUCAGCAUGAAACUGCACAUGAAAACCAUCACAGUAUCAUUUGGAAAUGUAUUUCUGCUGAUGGCAAAAAUGCAGAGCUGUGUAUUGAAGGCAUGGGGCUUUAUGUACAAGACAGUGGAGUGUUGACGUCUCUCUGGACGGAGACCACAGACGUCCUGAUGGAGGUGAUGAGUUUGAUCAAGCGUCUUGAGUUGGACCGCAGAGAUGCAGAGAAGGCUCUACAGGAAGAAAAGGAAAAAGCAAAGAAACUUUCAGAGAAACUGGGCAGCCUCCGUCUCUGGAAGCAGAAUGAGUUUCCUGUAGCAAUGCAGAAAGAGCGUGAAGCGUGCAGCACAGACAUCGCCAAGCUGACGUGGCAACUGAAAAUAAGGAGAGAUCAGUUGCCGCAGGUGAGAGACAGGCUGGCCCACACGGAGGUGCUGAACCAACGUCUGAAGGAGGAUAUCGAUUUUAUGAGGAAACACGGGCCGCUCGUUCACGAGAGACUCCAGCUGGAGAGUGAAAUCAUGAAGCAGAUCCGAACAGCACAAAGUGAGGCCAGUGAGAUGUUUUUAAACAUCUCUCAGAAACUAAAGAGUCUUCAGGAGGAGUUUAAAAAAGAAGAAUUCAGAGCAGACCUUAGGAAAGGAGAAAUGAACAAAGAAAUGGAAACGAUCAGAAAUCAUCUGAGUGACAAGCAGAGUGGGUUACAGCAGCUGCAGUCACAGUGUGAGGCGUUUCAAAGGAAAAUUAAAGAGUCGAUAGAAAAACUAACAUUGAGAGACGACCAAAUCAAAGCCUUGGUGAAAAAGACACAUCAGUUUGAGAGGCAGGAAACAGACGCAAAUGAAGAAGUCAGAACAUUAAAAGCUGAAAAAAAUGAUAAAGAAGAGAAAUUGAUGAUAAAGAAGAACGAUGUAAUGCUGCUUCAAAACCAAAUACAAACAUCUAAACUUGAAGGUGAUGAAAAGGUGUCUGUGUUGAAUGCAAACAUAAGCCAAAAGCGAUAUGACUUAUUGACCCUGCGAGACAAAAACAAAGAGCACAAACUGGAAAUUGAAGACUACAAGAGAAAGAUCUACCAAAGGGGUUUGUCAGACACUAUGGCGUUCAAACAUGGGACAGCCACAGUAGUGAUGGGUAACGUGCACAGGGAUAUAGCUUCCUGGAAACAGAGGAAGUCUCAUCACGCACAGAUUCACUCAGCACUGUUCACUCAACGCCGGGAUGUCAUGAAGGACACAGAGGUUAAUCUACAGGAAGCCCUAAAAGACAAUCUGAAGUUAGCGCAGGAGUAUCACGAGCUGCAGAAAGCUCUGAUGAUUGCCAGACAAGAAGCCGUUUAUGUUUUUGACAGAAGAAACAGAGCAGAGGCCUACAUCCAAGAUCACAAGCAGAGAUAG